AUGAAGCGUGUCCCUGCGCAUAAAGCAGUGUUACUGGAGUCGAUAACAAUCAGUGUGAAGGGCAUGGCCUCAGCUGUGAGACCGCUCCGUGCCCUGGGUCCCCGGGUCCUGACGGCGGUGUGGGGCAUCUGUCCACGCCCGGGACACCAUGUGCGGGCCCUGCAUCUGUGCCCCUCCCUCUGCGCUGGACACAACAAGUGGUCCAAAGUCAGACACAUUAAGGGACCCAAAGAUGAAGCCCGAGGAAGGAUGUUCAUGAAGUUUGCCAUGAUGAUAAAGAUAGCUGUGAAAGACGGAGGAGCCAACCCUGAAUUAAAUCUAAACUUGGCUCAUUUACUGGAGCAGUGUCGAAAUAAGAACAUGCCCAAAGCUUCUGUCGAGGCUGCGAUUAAGAGCGCUGAAAAGGCCAAACCAGCGUCUCAGCAGAUGCUAGAGGUCCGAGGAGCUGGAGGGUAUCUACUGCUUGUUGAAGUUCUGACCGACAACAAUUCACGGACGUCACAGGAUAUUAAAAAGAUCAUCAACAAACACGGUGCGAUGUGGUCAGAAGGCGCACGCCAUAAUUUUGAGAAAAGAGGAGUGGUGGUCGUCCCGGCGACAGACACCUCGGCCGAGCGAGCGCUUGAGCUGGCCAUCGAGGCCGGAGCAGAGGACGUUCAUGAGUCUGAGGAUGAGGAGGAGCAGGCCAUCCUCAAGUUCAUCUGUGACACGGCGGAGCUGCGGAGGGUGAGGGCAUCGCUGCAGCAGCUGGGACUGCACAUCGUGUCGGCGGGACAGGAGUUUGUUCCUCGCAGAGUUUUGUCUUUGGAAGAGGAUCAGAUAAACCGAGCGUCCACUCUGAUAGAAGCCCUGAAUGACUGUCCGGAAGUCAUCCGUGUUUGGGACAACAUCCAGGCUCCGAGCUGA